AAAGAAGAAUGAGCGAGAACGGCCAGUGAUUCAAAAUAUUUUUAUAUAGUAUCAACAGAAGUGUGAAGCGUGUGUAUAUUCUGCGUUUUCGAUAUUCAGCGUUGACAAUAUUUUGAUAAUCAUUCAUGAUCAACGCUCCAGUUCAGCGUCGCACAAAACGUGUUUCGGUCACACAACCGAACUGUUCUGGCUGUUGUACCGAAAAAAAGAAUUCGCUUUUAAAAAAGCUAGUCAAAACAAAAAAAAACUAACGCGUUCAUUUGGUCAAAUACGAGUGAAUAGUUCGUUGAAACGGAAGUGAAACUUAAUUGAAUUAUUGCAAAUGUUCAAAGGGAUUUCCGCUUGAAGUUCAAAAUCGACAUUGGUUUUUCAAAGUGUGAAUGUAACAAAGUUUAAAAGAAAAAUGCCAACACCAUCAAAUACACCGACCCCGAAUCGUCUGUUGGCGAUGCAUGCAAAUCGGCCACGAAUCAAAAUUCAAAUCCCACCACCGAAUCCCCAAGGCAAUUACUUCGAUGCUCGAUCUCCUUACCUGAGCACAGCGCACAGCAAUCAACCAGGUGCACCACAAUGGCCAUCCUCACCGUACGUAAACCCAUUCUCACCGGACAAAGACUCACUCACAGCUGGCGAAUUUAUGUUCAAACAAUUCGGUGGCUUCAAAGACUUAACAUGGGAUUGGACGAAAUCGGGACUGAACAAGGGCGAAAAGUCCGUUUUUUACUUCUAUGAAAAGAUCAGCAGAUGGUCCCGAAAAUGGUUUACCCAUAUAUUUUUGGUGUUUAUCAUGUUCUUGUACACCAUCGCGGGUGCUUCAAUUUUUAUAGCUGUUGAAGGCAGAGCUCAAGAGAAUUCAACGGCCAAAUUCAACAAUUUGAAAAAGGACUUCAACAUGAAAAUGUUCCAUUUGUCACAUGCACCUGAGUUACGGAAGAACUUUACAAAAUGGGAAGAGAUUGCAACACGUGAGAUAAAUCAGCUGCAAGUUGACUUGAUAGCACUGUACAAAGCUGGCUAUUUCGAUGUGGAUAAAUAUUACUACGAAAAAAUCGAGGAGGAACGUAAGCAGAAGCACAAAACAUGGUCAUACUGGAAUGCGAUGUUCUAUUGUGGCACAAUUUACACAACCAUUGGUAGGAUAUCAAUCAUCAUCAUUCGAUAUUAGUCUCAUAAAAUCAAUGCCAUGCUCUGUUUUGUUGAGUUUUUGUAUGUAUUUCAUUUUAUAUCAGUUAUAAUGAGGUCUGAAUUAUGUGCUCAUUAGUUGCGAUAUUAGACGAUCAAUUUUGUGUUAUGACGUGUGCGUCGAGAAAUGUGCGUGGUCGUCAAUGAAAAUUCGGUGAAGAUGACUCAAUGAGAAAAGAGAGAAAAGAAAACACGAACGAAGACAUAUAAGCGACAGUUGCAAAAUAUCCACAAAUAUUGACACGUCACAUUCAAAAUGUGAUGUCUAUUCAAAUGUUGACCGCAUCGCUACAAACGUUAUCUGUGUCGCAUUUUAGGCCGUCGAAGCACGGUGCGUUCUUGAGUUCAAAUUCAAAGAAAAGUUCGAAUGAACAACCCAAUUCAGAAAAUUCUAUCAUUACAUCGUUGUACGGAGUCAGCGAGAAAAUGAGAAAUAGAUAAUGCCGAUAGAGUUGUUGCCAUUUCUACGGAAUACUUUCUAUAAAUACGACAUUUUUUCUUAUAAAUACAUUCUUAUAUUCCGUAGGCCAGAAGCCUAUGCGCUAAAAAUAUGUCAUCUAUUGCUUCGUCGCAGAAAGCAUCGAAGCUUGAGAAAGAGAGGCAGAAAUCAAAAUUUCGGUUAGGCAAUUGCGAUUUGUGAAUAGCAUGGGUCGAUAUGAUAUUGGAACACUUUCGAAAAUAUUGCACUCGUUUAACGGACAAAAUCAAACGAUUUUCAAAACAUUGUGCACUUGUAACCGAACAAAUCCAAUUAUAUGGGCAAAAUGCAUAGUUAUCUUCGAUUCUCUCUGGUUAUAUACGUGUGAACACACUGACCGUUUUGAGAAAAAUGCGCCGAGGCUAAAAAUAGCCAACCAUAUUUAUUAUACGUUACGUUUUUACACUCGUGCUCUGCCGCUUGAGUCCAAUUCUCUUUUUUUGUUUUCGCUUUUUUGUGUUCAUUUAUUGAUUCAUUUUUUCUUUCUAUCUCUCGCUGGGGCCGUUUCGUUUGAUUUACAUGGUGAAAAUGAAGCGAUGUUUUGUUUCUUUUUCGCUUUCACUUUCGUUUCGAUGUGCUUUUUGCCAUUUGUCUCUUUUCUGCGUGAAGCCUCUGUCGUAUGAGAAAAGCCAAUGGAUAUAUGCUAUGCGCUCAUGUAAAUGUUCAUUUUCAAAGUUUCACUGUCAUCGUUCUACUGUUUACUACUACAACAUGUUUAAACCAUACGGAUUCACAUCUUAUCGUAGCCCAUUUUAGUUUUAUUUUCUUCAUUUUUUUGUUCGUGGUUUGCCAAAACAGACAUUUUUUUCCUCGUUGAUUUGCGAAAAGAAAACAACUGUCGAAAAGGUGUUCGGCGAAAAGAAAAUAACGCGACGAACAUUUUCCGAAGUCAAACUGUGUGAUUUCCAUCUCAAAACAAGUGAACACAAAAAAUCGGUGUGGAAUUCUCUUUUUUUCAUUCAUUCGGUGAAAUGUUUUUCGUGAAAUGCGUUUUCAAUCGAGUGCUCCGAAUAUGGGAAUUGCAACGACAAACGUAAAAACAGUGUGCUAAAAGAGUGUAUCGUGUUUGUUAUUGUUAUUUUUUUUUGUUCCGGAUUUUCUGUUUUGCUAUUGAAAGAUUACUAUCGAUAAUUGGUGUGAAUAAGUGACACGAUGAAUGAAUCGAAUUUGGAUGCCCCGGCCUUAGUGCGACGACGGCGCCGCAUUGCGCGACAACAACGCGAAAAAACGCCGGAACCCAUUGCUAAAACGAUGGGUGGCAUUAAGCCGAAAUUUUCGGAUGAUGAAAGUAGUAGCACAACAACCACGACAAAUGAAUAUGAAAAGAGACGCACAAAUCCGGCCAUGAUACUGGGCACCACAAGGGUGAAGGUGAAAACUGCAUCGAAUAGCAGCGCAGGUAGUGGCAAUAGUAGUAAUGUGGCGUAUAGAGAGAAGAUUCUGAAUCGGCGGGAUCGAGCCAGUCGAUCGGCAACAAUUGUUCGAAGUCAAUCAACACCUAGGGAAAUACCACCAGAUUCACCGACUCCGGAAAGUAAAUCACCGAGUGACACCAGCGGCAAUGUUGUACGAUUUCUACGGAAAGCCAAACGAAGUCUAUCGAUUCCAAGGUAAAAUAAUGUGUUUUGGUUUGAAAUUCGAAUAUUUUGGGGUGAAAAAACAGUUUUUGAGCCAGAACAAAACACUUUUGGACCGAAAUGAACUUUUGAGCCGGACUUUGGGCUAAUCUUUCGGCUCGCUUCCGACUUCUCUCCAGAACUCGAAGCUUCUGAACGAAAACAGAAGAAAAUUCGGGCCAAAAAUGAAAAUCGCUUUUAAAACCUAAAUAAAAUCAAUUUCAGUGAACAUUUCUAUCACUUUCAGGCGUCGCCGUGAUGUAGCCUGUGAAACUUCACCAAUUCGUGGACAUGAUGAAGUCAUCAAACGCUAUGUCAAAUCGCCCAUUGUAAAAACCGAAUCGAAAAUGGAUGCGGUAAACGGACGCGAUGAAAAUAGCCGGCUCACAAAAUUGGAAAUGAAUUUAAAGCGAUUCGAAGAUGAGCGAAAAGUAUUCGCUUUGGAACGAGAGAAAUUCGAGCGUGAAAAGCGGCAUAUGGAACAGAUGCGAUUCCAGCGUCUGCUUGAAUUCGAACGAAAGCGAUCGAUGCAGCAAAGCGACCGUGAGCAAUUGGCCAUUGAAGCGGCCGCAAUUGCAUUGGCUGAAAUUGAAAAGCAGAAAAUCGCCAUGCGACAUCGACGAAGCAAAUCUCGUGGAUCAUCAUUUACCGGGAGCACAACUGAAGCGUAUGGUGAUGAUUAUGAAUCGUCAACAGCCACUUCGUCAUCGUCACGUGAUGAUGAUUUCAAAGACCAUGAAUUCGCCAAUGAAAUUCCGUUCGUGAAUUUUGACGAGCCGGUUGAUAUUGACCCCGUCCCCACAUUUGAAACGAACAAUGUUCAUGUGCCGACCAUUGAAGAGCCAAUCACAACGGAUGAAAUACCUAAACAGUCACUAUUCUUAUCACGGUUUCUUUUUGGCAAAGCACAACCAAAGAAAAUGACGCCAAUUCCAAGCCGUAAGACUUAUUUGAGAACACGUGUCGAUGAUGGCGGCCCAAUUUCAGUCCGUCGCAUUGUUUUUGUUGAAUCUCCACUGGUUUGGCAACAAGUUAUUGAAUUGCAUCAACACGAAUGGAACCAAAUGAUGCGCAUUCGUAAUCGAUGCAUCGCUAAUUUCUUGCUAUUGUGCAUAUUUUUCGGCUUCGGUGGAUUAAUGUUUCGGUUCGUCGAAGGUGCUUUUGAGAAUUUCUACAAGUGCGGAGUUCGACGUGUCAAACGAGAUUUUGUCGAUCAUUUGUGGACAUCGAGCCAUGAUCUAAGGUUGGAACAGAUUUUUCGGAAUCUCAAGAUGACAUUUUGAGAUUCAAAUUCUAAAGUCAAUUUUGAACAACUUCAACUUCUGUCAUUUAUUUCGUGAUUUUCACAGUGAAGACGAUUGGAAGUCGUUGGCUCGCACCAAAUUACGAGGAUUCGAAGACGAAUUACAUACCGCACAUGAAGCCGGAUUCAAAUCGUACAGUGGAUUAAAAUCAUGGACAUUUAUUAAUGGCGUCGUUUAUUGUAUGACCGUCGUUACUACCAUCGGUGAAUUUUGUGCACUCUUUUUUCACACAGAUUCAUUUCUCAGCAUUUAAAGAAUAUACUUUUUUUGAUGAUGUUGUUGAUUUGAUUUUUUAGCAUUUCCAGACAGAAAAUCAUCUGCCCUUUUUCGUUGAAAAAAAAUUUAAAUUCAUUUUAUUAUCAAAAUGAUUUUGACAAAACCUGUCUCCAAUUUCACCUUCGAAGAAUUUUUUUUUAUGUUUGUUUUUUUUUACUUUUCCUCACUUUUUCUGCUUUUUUCUCUGGCUUUCGGCAAUCAAUUUCAUUAUUUUAACUAUCGAUAUUUUCAAUCAAAACAAUUGAAUUGACAAUAAAUGUUUCUUCCUCCAGGAUAUGGCCACAUCAGUCCAUCAACGAAUACCGGCCGAGCAAUCACAAUCAUUUAUGCAAUUAUUGGCAUACCAAUGUUCUUGAUUCUACUGGCGGAUUUCGGUAAAUUAUUCACGCGAGGUAUCAAGUUCGUUUGGGCCUACGUCAGACGAUUGUAUUAUACGGGAUCAUUGCGUCGAGUGAGGAAACAAGCACAAGUUCAGGUAAAGAUCAGUGAAAAUAUAUUUGUAUUAAUUUUAUUCAACAUAGAGCAAUUAAUCAGUAACUAAGUUCAUUCAACUAAAAACUUGGCUGAAAAAACGACUUUAGUCGAACAAAGUCUAUAGCAAAAUUCGUUCAAAAUUGUUGAUUUUACAUUCUAUAUCUCUAUAAAUUCCACCCAUAUAUCUGUUUAUUUUUGAUUUGAUGAUUUAGCCUCUAGCCAUUCAAGAAUUUGUUAUUUUCAUAAUUUGAAUUGCCAUAAAAAACCCGUCUUCUUGUCCAUUUCCACAGGAGAUGAUUCGUGGCAUGAGUAUCGCUUACGAUAUAGCGACAUUCAGGCGGCCGAGUAUGUUGAUGAAAGAGUCAGAUAUGGAACGAGCACAAACAGCAUCGCCCAACCAAUUGGGUGGCACAGUGCAUAGUGAAACACCAACCACCCCAAUGCCACCGGAAAUGGCGAUUGACGAUGAAUUCAAUUUGCCAAUUUCAUUGGCGCUAUUCAUUUUGAUUGCGUACAUUUUAUGCGGUGCUGCUGUCUACUCACUGUGGGAGGAUUGGUCAUUCUUUGAAUCGUGUUAUUUUGUGUUUGUUUCCAUGUCCACAAUUGGCUUUGGUGACUAUGUUCCUCAGCAUCCUGCCCGUAUGAUGGCCAGCAUAAUUUACCUGAUCUUUGGACUCUCAUUAACUUCUAUGUGCAUCAACGUUGUCCAGGUCAAACUUAGCGAUAGCUUCCGGCAUGCAAGUGCCAAAAUCGGUGCCACCAUUGGCUUAUCCUUGGCCGAAGAAGAAGCACGUAGCUCACAAAAUCUCACACCUGCUCCGGAAAAUUCGUCCGUUCAUUCAUACGGAAAGAACUCACCAUCAGAUGAUCCAAAACUUGCCGUUGAUGGCGAUACCUAUGACAAUGCCGAGGUGCGCGAUGGAAAAAUCAUAACCGAUAUCAAGCAGCAACCACUUUCACCAAAUUCUUCCGAUAAAAAGGAUAUCAACAACAAAGUUAAGCACAUUUGAUUUGUGCACAUCAUUUUUUUUAGAAGUACUUUACUUUAAUUUUGCGUCGUUUUUUCUGUUGAAAAUUAAGUUAUAACUUUUUUGUUUGGAUUUUGUUUUUAUUUUCAAGUUUUCCUCAUUGUCAAUAAAAAAAAUUAUACUGUUUAUUAAAUUAAUUCUUGUUUAA